UUCAGCAAUGUGAUUCUUCACCCAAUUUUCAGCAUACAUAUUCCAUUGAAGCUCCUAUUUGCUGUCUUUCACAUUUCCAUCAAGUUUCGUAAUCUGAACUUAAAGAAUCAGCCACCAUGUAUUACUUUGAUGAGGGCUCAGGAGCCAUUGCCGCCAUGUCAUCAGUCCUCGGGAUCACUACCGCGGUCGUCGUCCUGCGCUUUGGAUUACGCACCUGUCGGAAGGUUCAGUUCGGACUGGACGAUUGGUCAAUGGCUGCCUCACUAAUUCUAGUUUGGGGUUUGUAUGCUGUUGCUGUCCACGCCAUAUUGUAUGCUGGAACCUCACCCUAUUGGGAAUACAAUGCCUAUACAACCGGAGAACUUAUGCUGUGGAUUGGCCAACUGUUGUAUGUUUCUUCUAUCACCACUGUGAAAGUCAGCGUCUUGAGCACGUACCUCCGCAUAUUCCCCACUCGGUUUGUGAAGUGGGGUGCAGGCAUCAUAGGGACCAUUGCGAUCAUGUGGUUCCUGUCCACCAUCCUUGUCUCUAUCUUCCUAUGUCAACCUGUGGCCAGGUCCUGGGACCUUUCGAUUCCUGGGACUUGUUUCGACGGCAAACUCUUCCUGCUGGGCAACAGCAUACCCAACAUACUCACAGACAUGGCCAUCUUAUGUCUUCCAAUAUACGAAGUCUAUCAUCUGCAAGUGAGCCUGGCAAAGAAGCUUGGCCUUUGUCUCGUAUUUAUGCUAGGUAGUCUGGUGGUUAUUGUAAGUAUCUACAGAUUGAGGAUCCUUAUUGAGAUCCAUAGCAAUACCUCUGAGUCGGACUCGGAACUCAUCAUGUCCAUGAACGAGAUAAGUAUUUGGACAGUUGUUGAGCCUGCAGCAGGGAUGAUAUCUGCGUCUCUCCCGUCUUUAGGGCCUCUAUUUUCCCAACCCGGGCGCCUGCUUUCUUGCAUGAGGUCAAAGAAAGCUCCAAAGCGUGAUGUAAGACGAGCUGGCCCGACACUUGUCACAAUAGGGGCUCGGGACAGACAGGGAGGUCAAGAAAGCUUCCGCAUGGGAGGGAGCGCUAUGUUGAGAUGGCUAUGACUGGAAGCACUGUAGAAGAAUCUUAGGAUACUGAGUCUGGGAACGACGAGGAGUGUCGCCUGACUUAUUCAGAGCCCAGGGCACAUCAGGGCACCUGAUCAAGAAAGUCAAUCAGCCGGUCUAGUGCAGGAUAUCAGGAUUCUUUUAUGCAUUCAGUCAUGUGCUUUUGCCUGAAUUAGGAAUUAAAAAAAAUGUUAGCAUUCCUUAGA